UAGAGCUCGCAGAAUGCUUAACAUAGAACUGGGGUUUUUCUGUCUUUCUGCGCAUCGUCCUUUGUCACCUUUCAGCCUCAGCAGUAUUCUCUGGAAUUCCGAUUACAGCGCUUUCGCCCAAAACCAGAUGCUUGCUCGAUAAGGAAAAUCGAAAGGGGGAGGCGGAUUGUCUAGUGGGAGCCUGACAGUGAGAGAAAGUACUCGUGUGUGUGAUACUGGAUUACCUAGAAAUUUGUCAGAUGCUGUAACUUCACAUACUGGUAUCCUAUUUAUAGACAUGACACCAGAAAACGUCUGGUGUACAAAAGACAGAACGAUAGUAGGAGAAAUGCUCUUCAAAACAGAAGUAGUUAACAGUGACACUACUUACAUGUAGUUAAAACUGGAGCAGCUACAGACGUACUGACCAGAAACCUGUUGGUAUCAGUUGAUGUUAUGACACAGCCCCCGUGUGUGAGCUGUUUUAUUCCUGCCAGACUGGAAUACAUUGUAAUAUAAAUAAUACCGACAGUCGGAAUAUCUCUACUGAGCAAUGCACGUGUAAUUAUGUGUCGGGAACGUAUCUAUCUGUAGAAGAAUGAUCACAGUCCGGGUAUGAGACCACCGGGUCCAGCCACCAUCUUGUAUUCUGUCGUCUGCUUCAGUCUGCUUCAUCUUCAGCGUUCGAUGGCGUCUCUAAUACCUCAGACACAUUUCUGCGACUCGGGGAUAUGUGCCGGCUUGCCUUUGAGGCGGAUGAGUUGGGAUCCUGAGGAAGCCACCCUGACACCCACGGCCCAUAUCGUAUUACCACUCAACUCCAGCCUGUUUCUCGACAAACUACUGGACACGGCGCCUUGUCCACCCGUACAACGAGUUCAUCUUAUUUGCGAAUCGUGGUCGGCAAAGAUUGACUCGCUGACUUGUGAGGAGAGAACACAGAUUCUAUUCCGAUGUGUCGAGAGGUUACCUAUUGGUGAUAUUUGUGGAUUAAUUAGGAAAUGUCCACUCACGUGUAAAGCGUUGGAAACACUUCGGAAUUUAUAUUGUUCGAAACAUUCUAUACCGGAAGUGGUUCCAUCAGUUAGUGUCUCAACAUCCGUUAUAAUGACAACGUUUUCUUACAAUAUUAAUGUAACCAAUGGCUCUGAUUGGUCAACAACUUCACAGGGCCAAGGAGGGGGCGUAAUUGUUGGUGAGGACGACGGACGUCUGAGAGGAGAAGUGGUCAUUGUUCUCGUCAUUGUCGGUGUCUUCGGUUUUGUUUUCCUUCCCCUCAUCGUUUAUCUUCUACUAAAUAGGGACAACAGAACUGGAAUAUCCAGAUGUUGUGGUGCGAUGUGGUCAUGUUGUACGCGAGGGUUUUGGUCCUGGUGUAAAACCAAAAUAUGUCCAACUCAUGACCGGUUCAACAACGAAGAUCACAAGAAGGACGGUGUUGUCGAGGAGGAGAUUGUCGCCAUUACGCCGUUAAAUGCUAUAGAGUUGGGGGCAUCGCCUGCCAGUGCGAACACAUCUGGAUCGUUUACAAACGACAGUGGGAUCGGUUUCGAUCUAGACUUUCCAGAAGCAGAUGAACAAACACCAGACGAAUACAGAAAUACUCCCUGGAUACAACGAAGAAGUUUAUUGGUUGACAAUGACUUUGAUUUUAAUUGGUCACAUCUCUGACCAGUGAGCGACAUUUGUGUAGUAAACUUAUCAAUCAAUCAAUCAAUCAAUCAACUUGUAUUUUGUUUUAAGAAGCAAUUUCCAUUUCAAUUCGAGCAUGCAAUGGUCUAAAUGAGAUGAAGAUGCAGUAAUUGUCGUUUUGUUACAAAUGAGCGCCUUUAUCCACAAGGAACAGUUGCAAGAGGUAAACUUCGAUGCAAAAAACAGCAUAUCGUGUGAUAAGGGAGAUCACUCUGGUAAACUUUUCAGACAAUUAUUAAGCAAUAUAAGACAAAGUUGUCGUUACCAGUUUGCUGAAGAUUUCAUAUCAUUGACCUUUUUACACACCUCAUAUCAUCAUGUGGCCUUGGUGACGCAGUACUAUUCAGUAACCAGAAUACGUUUGUAUUUGCUAAUACAGUUGUUUUACACGUUAUAAACUACAUUGAUAUGUAGAUGUAUGUA